AUGAAGACUCUUUGCUUCACUCUUGGGCUCCUGCUGCUCAGUGUGUUCUGCUGCUGCUAUGCCAUGCCUAAAGCAUUGCAGUUCAACACAGCACCGGGAAACUGCUGCUUCAACUUUUAUUCACGCAGUAUACCAUUUAGGCUAGUAAAAAGCAUAACCGAGACCCACAGCUCCUGUCUGAAGCAGGCGUUCAUAGUCCAGACUGUUAGAGGGAGACAGAUCUGCUACAGUCACACUUUCCAUUGGGUUCUAGAUGCCUACAAUAAGCUCAAUGAUACUAAAGGCAGUGGUCAGCAGCUCUGA